UAAAAACACGCACCGACAUGACAUCACACAACACAACACGCGCCCUACCCUUCAUCAAUUGCUUCUUUCUCACUCACUGAAACUCAACCCUUACUUUGCAAUUGCAUUCCCAGAUUCAUUUCAGACAACGCAACCUUAACUUUCCCACAUACGCUAACUCAAUAACCCUUUCAUUCCGUUCAUUGCUCUUUCCAGAUUCUAUUUUGCCUCUUAGAAGUUGGAAUAGAGAACUAGAGCUGGGUGGAUGGAGGAUGACAAGAGGAGGAGGAAGAACAAGAAGAAGAAGAACAAGCAGAACAAGAAUGUGGAAAAUGGGGUGGGAGAAACUGCUAAUAGGGAUCAGAAUCUGCUGAGUAAUGGAAAGGAUGAGCAUACUAAUCUUUCCAAGACUGCAAAUGAGCAAAGCUCGAAUGUCGAUUUGAAUGGGGUUGGAGAGACAUUAAGUAGGGAUCACAAUCUGGUAAAUAAUGGUAAGGAUGAACCUGCUAAUCUUUCAGGAGUCGCUGAUGAGCAAUGCAUGGAUGCAGAUCGGAAUGGGGUUGUUGAAACCCCCAAUAGUGAUCAAAAUCUGGUGAAAAGUGGAAAGGAUGAGAAUAUUCCAUCAUUAGAGUUUGCAGAUGGGCAAAGUACUAAUAUGGAUUCAAAUGGUCAUCCGCCAAAUGGUAAAGAAUGUGCUAUAUCAGAAGAGACAAUCAGGAAAUUAAAAGAAGAGAAUGAUAUACAUAUUCAGAAAGAGACUUUAUCAAAAGAGACAAUCAGGAAAUUAAAGGCAGAAAAUGAUAUGCACAUUCAGAAGGAGGCCAUAAUGGAAGAGACAAUCAGAAAAUUGACAGAACAAAAUGACAUGCAUAUGCAGAAAGAGAUUGCAUCAGAAGAGACUAUCAGAAAAUUAAAAGAAAAACAUGAUAUGGAUGUUCAGAAAGAGGCCAUAUCAGAAGAUACAAUUAGAAAUUUGAAAGAAAAAAAUGAUGUGCACGUGCAGAAAGAGACCCUAUCACAGGAGACAAUAAAAAAAUUGAAAGAAGAAAAUGAAGUGCACAUUCAGGAAGAGGCCAUAUCAAAGGAGACAAUUAAAAAACUCAAAGAAGAAAAUGAUAAACUACUUCAGAAAGUGGUUUCCUUGGAAGAGGUCAUCAAUAAUUUACAAACUGAUAAUGAAUUGCAGACACAAAAACAUACUAGUCUGGAAAUGAGAAUUGCACAAUUGCAAAGUGAGAAUAAUUCCUUACUUCAAAAAGAGGCUGGAUUGGUGGAAAAAACUAAUCAGUUGCUGAAUGAAAAGGUAGUUUUGAGCCUGAAAGCUGAGAGUUUAGAGAGAAAAAUAAAUCUUCUGGAGAAUGAGUUGAGUUCUUUUAGUGAGAAAGAGGUUGGACUUGAAACAAGAAUUGCACAAUUGCAGAGUGAGAAUAAUUCCUUACUUCAAAAAGAGGCUACAUUGGUGGAAAGAACCAAUCAAUUGCUGAAUGAAAAGGCAGUUUUGAGCCUGAAAGGGGAGAGUUUAGAACAAAAAAUAUAUCUUCUGGAAAGCGAUUUGAAUUCUUUAGUCAAGAAGGAGAAUUCAACUAAAGAAACUAUUUCAAACCUGAAUGGAAACAUUGCUGUGCUACAAGCGCAGGUGGAAGAAUUGGAGGAGUCCAGGAAUAAUCUUUUUCUAGAAAACCAGCAAUUGAGGGAAAAAGUGUCGAGUCUUCAGUCAACGGUCCAAAAUCAUGAAAACAGUAACACUUCUUCCUGCUCAUGGGAUGCAUCUGUAAAGGAUCUUGCUUCUGAAAACGAGGACUUGAAGUCUGAAAUUGAAGCAGCCUUUACGUUGGUGGAGAAAUUGAUGGCUGAAAAUGCAGAACUUGUUGAGAAGGUCACCGAGUUAUGUGUUGAGCUGGAUCACCGAAGUGCAGAAGUCGGACAUUCUGGAGUCACUGAAUCCAAUGGGAUGACUGAAUUUGUUAAACCUACUGGUGUUGCCAUUCCUCUACCAGAAUCUGCUGAGUAUGCGUCUGUAUCAUCCCCCAAGUUGAAUUCAUUGGAAGAGACUUCAGUGAAGGAUAAUGGUAACUCUAAUGAUGCUAAGCAUGUUGUUGGGGUAACGUCAAACUCGUCGUUGGUAUCGGCUGAUGAUGCUGGAGAAAUCGUGCAAAUUCCAUUGGAUGAUAAUGAAAUACAAGAUAUAGAGUUGCAGGAUGCUAAGAAUGUGGAAAAUGAUGCUGAUGCUGUGCCAAUCACAGAUGCUCCCCUUAUCGGUGCUCCAUUUCGUUUGAUAUCAUUUGUUGCUAAUUUUGUUAGUGGUGCUGACUUGGUUAACCAAAGCUCUUCAAACACUGCUCGUUGACUUGGUUGACCAAAGCUCUGUUUUUUUUGGCUGGCAGUCUUGAACAUACAAUAACCUCACUUACAUUAGGCAGAAUACCAAUAUAGGUUGGCCUAAUUUGGGCCAUUUUAAUGUUUGUAUGUUAAUUCUUUGAACACGGAAAUAUUGUACUGGGGAAAAGCAUAUAGUUUUAUGUGUUCUUACUUCAUAUUGCUUUCACUUUUGGAAAUUAUACCUUUAAAAAAUGGCAUCAUGAAUAGACAUGCAUUAAUUGGUGACUC